AUGAACUUGACACCAACCCCGUCUAGUAGAACAUCCAUAGAGAAGAUGGAUAGACAAGAAAAAGGGAGUUCUCAGGUUGUGCCUGAGAACAAUGGACGUCGACGUGGUGGUUCAGUGGUGCCAAUGGUGUUCAUCGUUGAUGCGACGCUAGUUGUGGCCAGCGGCCGUUGUGGUCAAAGGUGUGACAGCAAUGAUGUGAUGGAGGAGUCCCGUGAGUGCAAAGUUCCAGCAGCAAUUCUGACCAUUGGCACAGCCAACCCUUCAAACUGUGUUAAUCAGGACAACUAUCCUGACUUCUUCUUUCACGUCACCAACACCCAACAUUUGACCAAUGUGAAGGAGAAGUUCGUCCGCAUUUGCGAUAAAUCUGCGAUAAAGAAACGAUAUUUUCACUUGAACGAAGAAAUUCUCAAGCAAAACCCAGCUUUAUGCUCUUACGGUGCCGUAUUGCUAAACUCACGUCAAGAUUUGACGAUCGACAUGAUCCCGAAGCUCGGCAUGGAAGCUGCGGCGAAAGCCAUCAAAGAAUGGGGCCAACCGAAGUCGACCGUCACCCACCUUGUCUUCUGUUCCUUCUCCGGCAUGGACAUGCCCGGCGCGGACCUAAAACUCCUCAAAAUCCUUGGCCUUCGACCUUCAGUCAACCGGAUCAUGCUCUAUAGCCUCUGCUGUAAUGCCGGUGGAACCGUCCUCUGA